CCACAACCUUUAAUAAGAUACUACUGCUAGUACUUAUAAUUAGUACAAAUGAUACUAUACUACUUCCCAAAAGUGAUCCUUGAAAAGGAAAAAAAUCAUAACAACACGGAGAGAAAUGGGGAACUGUUGGACACAAUCUGUAGAAAAUCAUUCUAGCUCUGUCCAGCUUUCUAGCCCUCCAGCAGUAGUAUGCAAUAAGAAAACUGAUACUCCUACCAUGAGUAGCAGUAGCACGUCCAAAGAUAAUAUCAUCGGAAAACAAGAGGAAGCAGAGGCGACGAGUGGGAAGAUAGUGAGUCCCAAUUUGAAAGUGUUCAGUUUAGCGGAACUGAAGAGCGCGACGAGGAAUUUUAGACCAGAUACAGUGUUGGGGGAAGGAGGUUUUGAUAGGGUUUUCAAAGGUUGGGUUGAUAAGAAAACAUUAGCUCCUUCUAGAGUUGGUGUUGGAAUGGCUGUUGCUGUGAAAAAAUCCAAUCCUGAUAGUCAGCAAGGUCUCAAGGAAUGGCAGGCAGAAGUAAAGUUUUUGGGAAAAUUUAGUCAUCCAAAUUUAGUAAAACUCAUCGGAUAUUGCUGUGAAGAAAAGGAAUUCCUUCUCGUAUAUGAACACAUGCAGAAAGGAAGCUUAGAACGUCACCUUUUCAGAAAAGAGGGUGCAGAAACACUAUUGUGGGACACACGUCUUAAAAUAGUGAUUGGAGCAGCUAGAGGUCUUACUUUCUUGCAUACAACAGAGAAGCAAGUCAUUUAUCGUGAUUUUAAAGCUUCCAACGUUUUACUAGAUGAGGACUACAAUGCGAAGCUUUCUGAUUUUGGAUUGGCCAAGUUGGGUCCAGUAAAUGGCAACUCGCAUGUGAGCACUAGGGUCGUUGGCACUUAUGGUUAUGCAGCUCCUGAGUACGUGGCCAGUGGCCACUUGUACGUGAACAGUGAUGUGUACGGUUUUGGAGUGGUUUUGCUGGAGAUAAUUACGGGCCUUCGGGUACUGGAUCUAACCAGGCCCACUGGGCAACAUGAUUUAGUAGAUUGGGCCAAGCCUUUAUUACCUGACAAGAGGAAACUAAGGAAAAUGAUGGACUCAAAGCUACAAGGACGUUAUCCUAUAAAUGCUGCAUUUCAAAUAGCGCAACUCAUAUUACAAUGCCUCGAGUCUGAUCCUAAAACUAGACCAUCUAUGGAACAAGUUUUAGAGUGUUUAGAACAAUGCACUGCCAUGAAGAUGAACAAAGCCAUGCAUUCCAACGAGCAUUGGCAACGUCAGUCAGGCGAUCAUCGGAACAAUAGCUACCAAUCUCAGCAAAUGCCUCGUCACGUUGAGAAAACCGCUAGCGGCAAUGUGAUUGGCAGCAGAGCCCAUCGUUCUCCGAUCAACCGGACCUAUUAAAAUUUGAAAGGGAAUAUAUUAUACUGGAUUAUUUUUUCGGAUUUUGAACAGUUUUUCGUUCAGAUUU